AUGCGGCGGGCGCGGACGGAGCUGCGCGGGCGGCUCCGGUACCGGGGGUGCGCGCGGGGCCCGCGGCUCAGCCUGCUGCACGUGCGGCUCUCGGAGGCGGCGGCGCGGGCGCUGCGGGGCUGCGAGCGGCGGCAGGGGGCGCCGGGGCCCGCGAUCGCCUUCCAGGGCAGCCAGGGGUGCCUGACGGUGCCGGGCGGCCCCGGGGAGCCCCCACGGCUCUUCGCUUUCUUCCUCUCGCGCUACAGCAGGGACGAGCCACAGGCCAGCUUCGAGUGCGCGCGGCUGGCCGUGCCCAGGCUAGGGCAGAGCCGGCUGGACAGCGUGGGCAGCAUCCGGGAGAAAAUCACCGUCUGCGCCUUUGAGAACACCUACCCAGUGCUGCAGGAGCGCGUGUCCCAGCCCGAGGAGUCCUGGAGCCGGGCAGCCGUUGAGCUCAGCUUGGGUGCAGGCAAAGGCAUCACAGCUCUGAAGAGGGCAGGUGAGACCUGCCUGCUGGGGAAGGGCUCUGUUGGCCAUGUCCCGGAGGGCAAGAAGCACAGGCCCACAGCAACCAGCCCUGGGGCUUCCGUUCAGAGCCUGGUUCAGCUCCUGGCCCUGCGGCCCCACCGCAAGCACGAGCUUGUGCAGCGGCUGCAGGGGAUGCAGGUGGGCAGCCCCGACUGGGGCUGGCUGCUGGCUGCCCUGGAGGAGGUCGCGGAGCUGGAUCCCGCCGAGUGCUGCUACCGCCUAAAGGAGGGACUGGCGAGCUGGGUGCGGGAGGACUGGCCCGGGUACACGGCCCAGGAGCGGAAGCAGGUUGCCCUGCUGCAGCGCAGGAACCAGCGCGAUGGAGCCUCGGCCCGGUCCUUCCUGGUGCCUCUGCAGCAGUCUGCGGAUGGCUGCUCCCCUCAGGGUGCCAGGAGAAACCAUCUGGGGGUGAAACGCCUGGCACUGCUGAAUUUCUCGGAUCCAAGAGGCAGCAAGAGGUCCCGGGCCCUGGAGUCUGCCCCUGGCUUGCAGGAGUGGCACGGGGGCUGCCUGCAGGCAACCAGCACGAAGCAGCUGGGAGCACAGGGCCAGCAGCAAGCUGGGCCUCUGCCCCCGGGCAGCCAGGCUGGUGAGCUGCAAAGCGCAGAGAGGGAGGUGAGCACAGAGGAGGCAGAGGAUGACUGGGAGGAAGGAGACCUGCACCUGGAGCAGCACCUCCCUGCACCUGGAGACGCCAGGUCGCAGGCUAGCAGCUCAUCCUCAGCAGAGAGACCAGAUUACUUGCGAAAAUACCACACCAUCUGCUCAGUGGAACAGUGCAGAGCCUACGAGACAGCAUUUACUGCAGACUACACAGAGUACCGCUACCUGCACACUCGUAUUGGUAACGUGAGUCAGAAAUUCAUUCAACUGGGAGCCAAAAUGAAGACUCUGAAGCGAGGAACAGAGGAACGCAAGGCACUUGAAGCUACAAUUUUGCAUGAAUACAGCCACUUCAAGAAGACUUAUCCCAGCUACCAGCAGGAGAAACAUCGCUGUGAAUACCUCCACCAGAAGCUGUCUCACAUCAAAAAACUGAUCCUACAGUUUGAAGGAAGCUGGAGCACCUAAGCAAGCUGCUGCAGAAGUCUUUUCCCCCUCCCCCCCAACUUCUUAGGACCUGUGCCCGCACUGGAGCGUAGAAAGGGUUGAAGCAGCACACAUCAGAGAAAGUGCAUUGGGUGAAGGGUUAGAUUGAGCAAUGCCACGAUAUUGUCAGUGCUUCCCUUAGUGCCCAGCAGCCCAUAUGUGGCUGCAGCCCAGGACAGCUGCCUGGCUGCUAGCAGAAGCAAGUUGUUUCAACUGCAUGCUGCUCUGGGUGACCUGUUCAAGCUGGUUUGCUACUCCCUGUAGAAAAGGACUGCGGCCUUGGCUACCCGGCCAUUCUGCCUGGGACAGAGGAAGGGCUGUGCCAGGUGCUCAAAGGCCCUUUUGCUGAGGUCUGUGUCACUUAGCUCUUUGGGUGGUGACUGCCUUCUGGUGGGGCUGAGACAGGAAGCAGCGUUAAGCAGAGGCAGCUUCCACUGCAGACCUCCAAAGCAGUUUUGCUCUCAGCGCAGGGGAGGCCAAAGCAAGGCCCUUGUCAAUCACGUGAAGUAGGUUUGAUGACAUGUCCUGCUGAGAUAUCUCUGAAUAAAAUCUUCCUUAGAA